CCUUUGUGCCACUUAUCGCCAAGAUGCACGUCUGGGCGCUCAAUGAGUUAGAAAAUUAGGUUUUCCUCGGAGGAAAUUGCUUAUCGCGCGCAUGUGCGUGGCCAGAAAACGUUCGAGUUUCCCAGUUGAAUGAGGAUUCAUUUAAGUUCUGCCUGGGAAAGCGUUCAGAACAUGGAGGAGGAGCUGAGAGCAUUCUUCGAGGAUUGUCGAAGGCAGGAAUUUUCCGGGAAGGAAAUGCUUGCCAUUUGUCAACCUUUGAUUUGGCGCAUACGUCUGGCUAGAGUCAAGAAAUGGUGUCUUAUCCUACUGCCCCUGGUGGUGAUUUAUUUGCUCUGGUUGUGUAGCGACACCUUUGCUUGGUGGUCAAGUGCCGUGGGCCGUUUGCUGCUCAUCCAGAUCCUUCCGCUCUGGGAUUGGACACCCUACUACAAUGCCAAGUGCUUGAUUCCACGAGCUCAGAGUGUCCAGGAGCAGCCACCUCCAGUGGGAAGGUAUGAGACCCUGUGGCAAAACUGUGCUCUUUGUGAUACUUGGGUGAGUAUGGUUUGGAGAAGACUACCCCUAAACCAUUUAACUAAUUUUCAAACAGAGGGCAUAGCCACUGCUUCGAAUGUGAGCUACUCCACGUUGGAAUCUGAGUACUUGGAACGUGGACUACCUGUUAUUGUAACAGAUGCUGGCUUGGAAAUGGAUAUCGUUAAUCUUCUGGAGCUUAUAGAGAAGAAGUCGCCGCAGUGGUUGUCCAGUGUGCCCUGUGAUGUUUCCAGCAAUCUCCUGCUGAGGAAACUGUUCAACCUAGAGGCCGCUCUGGACAAGAUCCACUCUUGGCUGGGACAGUCAUCAAAUAGUUGGCACCUUCAGCUAAGAAACUGCCAGAAGAAGGCGGUAAAGGCAUCCCGAUUGUUCUUGGAACGUCCCUACUACUAUCCUUUCCACCUGGCACCGUACUAUUCCAGCUGGUUACUGGCAGUCCAUCAGCAGAAGCGAGAGCAGACGGAGAUCUACGUGCGUGGUUUGGUUCUUGUCCAGCAGCUUAGUGGACACUUCGAAGUGGUUCUUCAUCCCAAGAAUCCCUGCGACAAGGGAGUGUGUCCCAGCUUGAGAAUGCGCCUGAAUGCUGGGGAGGGUCUGGUCUUCUCCACGGAUAUCUGGAGCCUUAGCUAUGGCCUGGAGAAACCACACUCGAAGCAGAGCUCACUGGCCAGCAUUUUCGAGAUUGACUGGCAGACGUAAACCAGAAUGGAUCUUAGUUGGCCGAAAUUGUAUUUACACACACAACUAGAUACACAUAAAUAGAAGCCUAAA